AUGGCCAAUUGCAAAAGGAAGGAGCAAACACUUGGAAAGGAGCUGGAGAACCCACAAAGGCCAGAGAAAGGAGUCUACAUUCCCACGGGAAGAAAGUUCACUCUUGGGGAAAGUUCUAAAGAAAAUCCAGGGCAUCAUUUGGAAAACAAUAUUGAAGCUAAGGGUCCAAUCCUUACUCCUUUGGUUGAUAUUAGUGCAGAGGUUCCAAAUGUGGAACAAACUGAUAAGAAUGAUGACUCAAUCAUAGUUCCUAUCCAGCCGACCCCUAUUCAAGAGAUGUCUAAUGGAAAUGAUGGCUCAUCUGAAGAAGAAUAUGUUGAUGCUACACAAAUGUGCAUAUACUGGAACAUCAGAGGGAUUGCUAAUGGUUCCUCUAGGCUGGCUUUGAAAAGGCUAAUUCAGAAUAACUCACCAGACUUGGUCUUCAUUGCUGAGCCUUGUAUGGACUAUGGCAACUUUCCUCACAAAUGGUUACACAGGUCGAAGGAUUGGAAUAAGAACAUUUUUGGUGAUGUGAAACUUAAGGUGGUGGAGACUGAAAAAGCCCUUAAGGAUAUUCAACAGAAAAUCAGCUUAUGUGGUUACAAUGAAAGUCUGCAAAUGGUUGAAGUUAAGGCUCAAUACCAGCAGGUUAUUGAAUCUCAUCUUGUUGAUCAUUUCUCUAACCUUUUUAAUCAAGGUGUAUCUAUGCAGGAUUCAGGGCUCAUUGAGAAGUUCAUUCCAAACCUGGUGAAUGAAGGCACAAAUGCAAUGCUGGCUGCAGUCCCUAGUGUGGAGGAAAUAACUCAUGUUGUCAUGAACUUAAAAGCUGACUCAGCGCCUGGCCCUAAUGGGUUUGGUGCUAUAUUCUUCCAAAAAUACCGGGGCAUCAUCAAGAAUGAUGUUGUUUUGGCUGUGCUUCAAUUUUUUCUGCAAGACUGGAUUCUUCCUAACUAUAACACUAACACUAUAAUGCUCAUACCUAAAAACAAUGAGCCUAAUCUCAUUAAUCACUAUAGGCCCAUAGCUCUUGCCAACUUUAAAUUCAAAACUAUAUCCAAGAUUAUUGCUGACAGAUUAGCCUCUAUUUUACCUUCUUUGAUCUCUCUUGAGCAAAAAGGUUUUAUCAUGGGUAGAAAUAUAAAGGAUGGUAUUUGUCUCACCUCUGAGGCAAUUACUAUUCUUGGCAAUAAGAGUUAUAGUGGUAAUGUAGCUCUGAAAAUUGACAUUUUAAAAGCCUUUGAUACCCUUAAUUGGAAAUUUCUCCUCAAGACUCUUACUUGUUUUGGUUUUAGUAGUAAAUUUUGUAAUUGGAUUGCUACUAUUUUAAAUUAUGCUAAGCUUUCUAUUGGUAUCAAUGGCAAGCAGGCUGGCUUCUUUAAUUGCUCCAAUGGAGUGAGACAAGGAGAUCCCUUGUCUCCUCUUAUUUUUUGUUUAGCUGAAGAGGUCCUAAGGGUGAUAAAAAAAUCCAUCAAGUCAAUUGCUAAUUUACUAAUGGAGUAUGCUGCCAUAUCUGGCAAAGUUUGCAAUAACACUAAAUCCUUGGUCUAUGCUGGUGGAAUGACUGUAGAAAGACACAAAUGCUUGGCUGAUAUUCUUGGAUUUCAAAUGGCCAAACUUCCUUUCUUAUAUCUUGGUGCUCCCAUCUUUGUUGGCAGGCCUAAAACUCAUUAUUUUUCUUUUAUUGCAGAUAAGAUUAAAGCAAAGCUGGCACAUUGGAAGGCUUGUUUGCUAUCUAUGGCUGGAAGAUUACAACUCAUCAAGGCAGUCAUCCAUAGCAUGUUGUUGCACUAUAUAACAAUAUACAACUGGCCUGCUUCCCUCAACAAGAAGAUCAGCACCAUAAAAAAGAUAAUGGAUUGCUUUGAGCUUAUGUUGGUUCCUAGAUCCCCACAGGCUAUGGCAGUUGUCCUCUCCAUUGUUUGCAGCUUCUUCUACCAAGUUUGGAGAGCCAGAAAUUCGAACAGAUUUGAUGGCAAAAUAAUACAUUGGAAGUCUUGUAUCACUCAUAUUAUGGCUCGAGCCAAGAGGGUUAAAGCUAAUAUUGACGGUGUUGCUCGAGGUGAUCCAGUCCUUAUGGCUUGUGGUGUAAUUUUCCGUAAUAAUAACGCUACUCAUUUGGGAAGUUUUUGUGACUAUAUGGGAGAAGGGAACUCUGAAUUGGCUGAGCUUUGGGCAGCUAUGCUUGCUGUUCAAAAAGCAGUUAACAUGGGAUGGAGGAAGCUUUGGAUCGAAACGGAUUGUAUGCUUGUGGUGAAAGCUUUCUCUGAUCCGACUCUUGUUCCUUGGAGAACCAGAUCUCGUUGGCUCAGUUGUCAUGCUUACUCUCAAAGUAAGGUUCUCUACUACAUUUUUCUCACAAUCCCAUCUGAUCAAUACAUGCAAACAAAGCUAUCUAACAUGGAAAAAUUAAUGAAACCCCUUGUAGUAAUUCUUUUUUUGUUUUUGAGUGUGCACGAUGUGUCUUUGGCAAGAACAAAGAAGAGUGAGAAUAAGAUGAAUUACAUUGUUCAUGUUUCCAAAUCCACAAUUCCAACAAGCUUCAACCACCCUUCAAUCUGGUACAAAUCAAUUCUGAAGUCGGUAUCCCAGUCAGCAGAAGUACUAUAUAGCUAUGAUAAGGCAAUAAAUGGAUUCUCGACAAGUUUGAGUGAUGAAGAACUUGAGUUACUAAAAAGGCAAUAUGGGAUUCUAAAGGUGACACCAGAUAAAAAGUACAAACUUCACACAACCCGAACACCGAAGUUUCUUGGGCUUGAUAAAAUUGCUAAUUUGUUCCCCACGACAAACAAAAGUAAUGAUGUAAUUGUGGGAGUAAUAGACUCAGGUGUAUGGCCUGAAAGCAAAAGUUUUGAUGAUACUGGAUUCGGGCCUAUCCCGCCCAAAUGGAAAGGAAAAUGUGAAACAGGUACCAAUUUUACAACAUCUAAUUGUAAUAAGAAAUUGAUUGGUGCUAGGUUUUUUGCAAAGGGUUUUGAGGCAAGUUGGGGUCCAAUUAAUGAAACCAUUUUGUAUAGAUCACCUCGAGAUGAUCUAGGCCAUGGAACUCACACUGCGAGCACAGCUAUAGGAUCUACGGUGGAAAACACAAGUUUUUUUGGCUAUGCCAAAGGGACUGCAAGUGGGAUGGCAAUUGGUGCUAGAGUUGCUGUCUAUAAGGUUUGUUGGAAAACUUCCUGCAUGGAUUCUGAUAUAUUGGCAGGAAUAGAUCAAGCCAUUGCUGACAACGUCAAUAUUCUUUCUUUGUCACUUGGAGGUUCAAAAAAUGAUUACUUUAAGGAUGGCAUCGCAAUUGGAGCAUUUGCAGCAAUGGAACAUGGCAUUCUAGUCUCAUGUUCAGCAGGAAAUUCUGGCCCUACUCCUUUCAAGGUAGAUAAUGUAGCACCAUGGAUUACCACUGUGGGAGCUGGAACACUCGAUCGAGAUUUCCCUGCAUACGUCCGUUUGGGAAAUGGAAAAAAUUAUUCAGGUGUGUCCCUUUAUAAAGGUAACGGUUUGCCCGAUACUCUUGUGCCAAUCAUAUAUGCAGGGAACGCAAGUAAGGGUGAAGUAAGAAGUGCUGAGUUAUGUUACUCACAUAGCUUGGCUCCGGAAAAAGUAGCAGGAAAGAUUGUGUUGUGUGAUCGUGGAGAUCUCGCUCCGAUAUUCCAAGGAGGUACUGUAAAAUCUGCGGGUGGUUUGGGCAUGGUCUUAGCCAACAGUAAGAGAGAUGGAGAAUCACCACUAGCAUAUGCCCAUAUUUUUCCAGCAACUUCAGUUAGCUUCACAUAUGGCAAAGCUAUAAAAAAUUACUUGUUUUCUGAUCAAAACUCGACAGCUACAAUUGUGUUUCGGGGAACAAAGCUAAAGGUUAAGCCAUCUCCUAUGGUUGCAGAUUUCAGCUCACGAGGCCCCAAUUCGAUAACCCCUCAGAUAUUGAAACCUGAUAUUAUUGCUCCUGGUGUUAACAUUAUAGCAGCUUAUUCAAAAAGUGUGAGUCCUACAUUUUGGGCUUUCGAUCCUAGGCGUGUAGAUUUCAAUAUUUUAUCAGGAACAUCCAUGGCAUGUCCACACGUAAGUGGACUAGCAGCUCUAAUUAAGUCCAUUCAUCCAGAUUGGAGCCCAGCCGUCAUUCGAUCCGCGUUGAUGACAACCGCUUAUACAACUUACAAAAACAAUCAAACAUUAUUAGACAGUGCAACAAACAAGCCUUCAACUCCAUUUGAGUUUGGUGCUGGACAUGUUAACCCUAUUUCCGCCCUAAAUCCCGGACUCGUCUAUGAUUUAACAACAGAUGACUACUUGAGCUUCCUCUGUGCAUUGAACUACUCAUCUGUUAAUAUUGAAAUUGUAGCAAGGAGAAAGUACACAUGCGAUCCGAAGAAACAAUACAGUGUAACAAACCUUAAUUACCCUUCCUUUGCUGUGGUGUUUAAGAGUGAGCAUGAUAAGAUUAAACACACUCGGACUCUUACUAAUGUGGGUGCAGCAAGAACUUACAAGGUAUCAGUUAAGUCAAAUGUUGCAUCUAUCAAGAUCUUAGUUGAACCAAAAGUGUUAAGUUUUAAGAAAAAUGAGAAAAAAUCAUACGUAGUUACAUUUACUACAUCAACUUUGAAACAAAAUAUUACUCAUAGUUUUGGAAGCUUGGAAUGGUUUGAUGGAAAAACUCUUGUUAGAAGUCCUAUAGCGUUUAGUUGGAAAUUACAUUGAA